UCGCGAUAGUUUGUUUAGCUUCCUGACCGCUGAAAACAUGGCAGACGACCGCGGACGGAAAUGGGACCGCUGUCUUGCUGAUACAGCAAUGAAAACAGUAACUGGCCUCGGUGUGGGCGUUGUGUUCUCCGUCCUUCUCUUUAAACGUCGUACAUGGCCUGUCACAUUUGGUUCAGGUUUGGGACUUGGUAUGGGAUACUCCAACUGCCAGCAUGACUUCAGGUCACCAUACCUGAUUCAUGGCCACGUGGUUAAGGACCAGUAGUGAAGAACUAAAUAUGAAGAGGAUUUGCCAUGUAGUUGCUAAUCUGUUUUUGUGUUGUUCUUGUUGUUUUGCUGCUUGUUACAGUUCUGGCACUAAUUUACAACUAUGCCCACAUUGUGUUUAUCAAAGGGCAGUCAAUGUAUAUUUAAUAAAGUGAUUAUGGAAAACUC